AUGUCGUUCCCUGCCACCAGUCAGGCCCUGAGCGCUGCCUUUACCUUUGGCAUCGUCUUCAACUCGGCCUCCGCCGCUCUUUAUCUUUGUAUCCAGGGGCAGGGCACCAAAGUAUUCCGGGACGGCCUGAGGCUGGUCCUCAUCACAUUCCUUGCUGGUGCCGCCCUCUGGGCCCAGAUCGACUUCAUCGCGACCCUCAUCGACCCCUCCUCGUCUUUGGGAUGUCAAGUCGCCGUCACUUUCGCCUCCUCCUUCGACCAGAUCGCGCGCCUUGCCCUUGAGCAGUACCUGCUAUGGGCCAUCAACAGUGGUCUCAAGCCGUCAUCCGACACCUUCAUCCCCCAGGCCCUCCUUGUCAUUCGCCUGCUUGUCGGAGUCGUCUUUGUCGCAUUUCAGCGGACUCAAGUCCUGCCCGUCUGCCAGCCAUCGAACAACAUGACCGCCAUUGGUAUCGCUGUCGGCGCCACAGACGCUGUCAUUCUCGCCCUUUUCGUCCUCCGCGCUUUCAAGACCGGACUGGUUCGAGACUACCGCGAGAAGCGCCCCGGCCAUCAGCGCGCCAGAGCUGUUCUGAUGCUCCUUGUUGGGCUCGCUUUGUGGACAGGGGCGAGUGUCCCGCUGUUUCUCGGCAUUCCGACGAUCGAUAUCAUCUGGCGUACAGCUCUGCCUGCAGCAGCCCUCAGUCUUCUACUCGCCACGCGCGCUUUUGAUGCCGGGAAUGGAGCUGCCGGAGCCGGCUUUGCGGGUGUUGCCGUCGGCGCCAUGGCUUGGCAAGAACGACAAUCGUCUGAAGGAAACUCCCGAGCACAGUACCAGAGACCCAGGGGCGAUGCUACCACCGGUGGCACAACCGCGGGGAAGCUUAUCAUCUCUCACCCUAUCCUGCAAAACGUAGGCGAGGACAGUCCUUUCAACAAGAUUGCUACCAUCGAUCUCGCCACGGCCGCCAGAAAUGAGAAGGAGCGACGGAACCUUGCUGCUCUGCAGGAGCCCACGGCCUUGAUCGCGCAGCGUGCAGCCCCUCGACCCCCAGGCCUCACCGCUGAGGAAGCCAUCAGGAGAUCUCAGAGCAAGAUGAGGCGCAAGGAGAUAGGCCGGACAUCGCAGGACAGCACUGAGCCCCGGUCGUCUGACGAGCCAAAUAGACUAAUGCCUAGCGCGACCGUCACAUCCAGCCAAACUUCGCCAGGUAUUGAUUCGCUCCGUCGAAGAUCUCCGCGACAAUCGCCCAACGAACUCUCUGUGGCUGCAGAGGAAGAUCAGUUGCCGUCUGGCGCGUCACUCCAGGCUGCCCACGUACAACACAGGACCCUGGAGGAGAAACAGCUGCCCCCUCGGAGAUCUCUGGAAAGUUCGUCAAGCCAACAGACAGCUGUCCCCAGCAUCUCGUCUUCUCAAACAUCAUUUGCAUCGCCAUCGCCCGGCAAGCAAACGGGCUCUCCACCUCGACCGGAGCUGCCCUCCACAUGGCCGAAGCAGACCUCAGUACGAGAUACCAUCAGGCCGUCGAGAAUGCAGGCUAUGGCGGCUCGAAAUCUUCCGGGAACCUCACCACAGCAAGCUCAGAGGGACAAAAACUCUUCUUCAGAAAUGCCCCAGCCUCUUCCUCCACUGCAGAGACGUGGAACCGUCGGUCUUCCCUCCAACCCUCGAGCCCAAGGCAUGAAAACUGCCGUCCAGGACGGCGAAUCCCAACCAACCGUUCUGUUCAUGAACCAGAUUCAAUACAAUAACCCCGCUGCGGUACAAAGCAUCAUCGACGGAGCUGCUGGUAAGCUGCUCGUCACCGCCAAUGUCAGGCCCGACGACCCCUCGCUUGACUUGGGACAGCCUUUGCGACCGCUGCCAAAUGACACACGAAGCAUGACCUUUGACGAGAAGAUGGACCUUUUCUUCCCUGGAGCGCCACAAAGCGCUAACGCUACCGUCAAUGGUCUGAGGGGCUCGAUUCCUGACUUGCCCCCCCUACCUGCCGCCUACGCCACGGAGAAGCUCAAGUCCACCGACGAAAGAUCGGGUGCGGAAGUUGCACGGCGGGCUCUCUCCAAAAGGUCCAUCGCUUCCUCGCAGCGGACAUCGCUUCAAACCCGGAGCAUUUUCGAGAUUGAGGAUGAGCCUGUGCACAAGCCUGACACCCGCUACACCUCCAAGUUCAGCGUUGAUACUUACACAACCACAGAAAGAGUAGCGGCAGAUGACGUCCAUGACUCCUGGAUUCCUAUCAUGCCGGAGAGGCCGCUGUCCGAGGUGUCGCAUGAUGGAGCAAGACGUCGGUCAUCCCCCGUGAUUCCGGUCACUGGCGCCAGAAUGUCAGUGAUCAGUGAUGCCCGCACUCGUGACGAGGAGACGACGACAAACUGGGGUUCCAUCCACUCGCCCGUUGCGGCCGUCAACAUCAAGCAGGCUAGACAAGUUCCCGUGUCGACCUACAUCCAGAACCCUGACUCUGGGCAAGAACCGCGAAACGUCUCCAUGCUUGAACAGAACGACGGUAAAGAGGUCAUGACGAUUAUGCUCGAUUCAUCGAUGGAGCAUGACAUGAGCAUAGCUACAGCCUCGUGGUUCGACGACCAACAGUACCCGGAUAGCUCGAAUGACUUGAAUCACCGGUGGCAUCAUCGUUUGGGCGAGCAGUGUACCACAUUUUCAACCAGAAAGGAGAGGGUGGUGUCGCGGAGAAUGCCUCCGCCAACACCGCUGCUUCUGAACUCUACCAGCAAGAAUUCGGUCCUGGUAGCUGCUGAACCAUCUCCACUAGAUUCUCCGCAGGAGGCCUACAAAGUCAUUCAGCAACAGCUGAAACAACUUGAGGAGAUGGAUAGGGACCCAAUGCAAGACGAAAGUGAGAGGCUGCGUCUACUCGAAAGACUGGAACAGGAAAUGGGUCAACAAGAAUCUCAGUGGCACGAUAUGCAGAAUGGAUUUAGCAGAGAUUCCGUUUCGACUGCUGAAACCAGGUCAAGUCGACAAUCCGAGGUUGAGAAGAUCAGCAGGGGAACCCAGUCCAGACACUCACAGUCAUCCUCGAUUGCGGCAGAUCGACGUGCCUCUAGACGUGCUCGUCUCCAGAGCUCAGUAAGGCCUUCUAGGGACAGUAUUAGCGACACAACUUCAACUGCUGGAGAGAGUCGUCCGCAAAGCCGAUGGCAGCAGAAACUUGCGGAUGCCGAGUAUGAGUAUGCAGAGAAUGCUGCCGAUCUCACCACAACGAAGCCGUUUCUCAACUUCCUGUCGGUGUCUAUGCCAAAGGCUCAUCUCGGUAGCCCUACCCCACCGGAUACCGAUGAGUCUGCAGAUGAAGGGCGUGACUUCCACAGCCGUGCCAAAGCGGUGUUGUCAAGAAAAAACGCACCUUGCGCGAAGUUGUGGAAACCGACACCACCUGAAGCCCCUGCGUUUAUCAGCAACCACUUAUGGGUUGCGCACGAACGGGUCAGGGCACCUGUCGCCCCGGAGGACCUUCCUUGUCUUUCAAUCCGUCCUGCUGUCCGCAAGACCACGGGCACCCUGGAGAUUGAGAGCACUCGCUUGUGGAACCGUCGCAACUCUUUCGCCGCGAAGCCACACUCGGUAACGGUUGGUCUCUGGCGAGGAUCCCCUCUCCCCGUUCUCGCCGCCCAACAAGUCAAACCCCGGCCGGUCACGCAGCGUCCGCCCAGAAAGAACAAACAUGUCACCCUUCUGCCGGACAUUAUAGAAAGUCCCAAAGAGAUGCCCAACAAGCGUGGCACUCUCGGUAUUUUUCAGUUUCCUUGGGGUGAGCGAUCCGAUACAGCUACCAUCCAAAUGCGGCCCACUAUGUUCACGGCCAUGCCAGGGACCAUGUCAAGCGGAGGACCUGCCAUUCAAGCUGUUCUAGAGGCACGUGCGAAGCAACUGGAGGCUGAGGAGUACUCUGCUUCUUUCUUCGACGACUAUGAUGAGGAGGAUGACAUGGAUUCCUCCAGUGACGAUGAUUAUGACUAUCAAGAGGACGACGAGGACGUGGAAGAGGCGGUGCCCGAGUAUGAUGAGGAUGGCAGUGCUUACAACCAAGAGGGGAGCGACGACGACAAUGACGACGAUGUGGACUUUGACGAAAGCACCCUCUGGGAGAUUGCCAGCCUCCUCAAAUCGGACCAGGUCCCAUCGAAGAACAGCCUCCUGCCGCAGCCACACCCAGAGCCUCAGCCCACAAUUGAGGAAUUCUUCUUUGAGCCGCUCGGGUUCGAAGAAGACAUUGAUAAGCGCCCGUUCGAUAACCAGUAUGACUCCAACAUUAGCUACGACUCAAUCUCGAUCGCACUUGAUGGCGACGAGUCGCCUUCUCUACCUCGGGCUACAGGCCUCUGGACCGAGACUUGGGAGGGACCUGCUGUCUCCCGAGAACUGGGGCUGCCGGAGGUGGACGAUGCAACAUGGGAACGUUACCUGUCAACGACGGAACCUCUUCUGCGCAGUAAGCCCGAGACAGUUGAAGCCGCGGUGAUCCAAAGCACGCAACUAUGGUCCUCACCGAGCUCUCCUGUCAAGGCCCCAGCAUCAAUAUUGUGGGCUGCCCCAAAGCUCGCUUCUGCACCUACUUCAAGAUCAGCCAGUUCCCCGAUAGAGCCAUUGUGGACUGCAAUGGUCACAGUCAUGACCGAAAAAUCACAUGGUCUGUAUAGCCCAAGCCAUGUCCGCUCGGAGUACCGUACAACAACGGCAGAACCUGUCGCAAAAGGGCUUCGUCGAAAGCCACGCUCUGCAGAGGAGCGUCCGGUCGAGCUCCUAACGUCUUCGAGUCUUUGGACGGCGCCUCUUCAGACCGAGUCUGAACAGAUAUGGGUUCUCGCCGCUUCCAUGCCACAAGCAGUCGACAAAGCUAAGCUUGAGGACAUAAAUGGCGGCCAGUCUUCCAUCAUUGAGGCUGUCAAAAACGUGUACCCCAGAGCGACAACCAGUUGUUCGCUGUGGGUAGCGCCUUCGCCGCGUGUUGAGAAGGCCGCUCGGGGCCUCUUUGACGCGAGCGCUUUCCGUCAAGACUUCCGAACAACGUCCGCAUCGCCUGCAGCUCUGCAACUAGUCCGCAAGCCACGCCAGGUAGUCGAAGCCGUGUCCGAGAUUCCACCUUCUACCCUCCUCUGGAGCCAAGGCCGUCCAGCCAGAGCCAAACAUGCUGACAUCUUUUGGAUCACUUCUGCCUCUAACGUCCAGAAAGGCAGCAGCCCUGCUGCUGGUCCCUUCCUCUGGGUCGCUCCAACUGUGAAUGCUAGCCACAACCCCAUUGGACUUUAUCAGUCUGGCCAGCUUCGAACCAGCUUUCGCACGACCUCAGCUGCGCCCGCUGCUCUAGAAACACCCCACAAAGCCCGUGUCAACGAAGAGCCUCUUGCGAAGUUGAGCUCCUCAACGCUCUGGAAGCAAGAAAGCGACGCGUCUGACGAGUACAACUGGUUGUCCUUUGCUAGCAAAGAGUCUCGAGGCCAGUACUCUCCAUCACGUCGUAGUAGCAUUGCCUCCGAAUCCGUGUCACCCACGGAAUCGAUCGGGCUAUCCUCAUCCAUGGACUCCAGCAGCAUCACUAGUAGCAGUCUGCUGAAAGACGGCUUCCCCGGUUUUCAAGCGCCUGAGCAACCGACGGCGCUUGAAGCAAGUGCAGACGAUCACGGUACACUUGAGCUCUCCCCGGACAUCAAGACACCGACGCUCGCCGAAGUCUCCGACAAAGUUGAGCCUCCAGAGACUCGCUUACGCCGAAGUACCAAGACCACGAGCGCUGACUGGGACACUGAGCUCCUCUUUGCUGUCGUUGCUGGACAGACACGCCAACACCAGCAACCUCAAGCAGCCGCAACACUAGCACAUGGAGAUGAUUCCUCUGAUCAGACCAUCCACGCAAGCCGCCCUCGCCGCCCUGAGACCACCGCUGCAGAAUGGGACAUGGCUCUUACGGAUGCCUUGACAUCUGGUACACAUACAGGUGGGACGACUCAGAGUGGGAGGGUCGAGGAAUCAAUUCAGUCUGAACCGCUUCUCCCAACAACAUCCCUCUGGCUCCAGCCUUCCUCGAAGGCUGAUACACAAGGUUUCUUGUGGACCCGUGCCAUGCCCACAAACCAGAAGCUCGACAUGGCACCUUCCAUUGAGAACAGACUGGACGACAUCGAGUCUCAGCGUUUGCGUCGGAAACGCGUUCGCGCCCUCAUCCCUAAAAGCCGCAGAGCUGAAAUCCGUCACCAGAUUGCCGCCAUCGAAGCCGGCGCUGAUCCAGCAACUGUUGGCCUUGUAAACUUCUUCGGCCACACCCUCUGGACUGCUGAGGAUGCGUCUCGGCCCGAAAGCCUUGACCUCCGCGGCCAAGGUCGGGACUGGCUUCGCCUCUGA